AAACUUAAUGAACUUGAUAUUAAAAGUUAUGAUUUUGAAUAAGAAAUAGAUAGAUUAUUUAUUUUAAUGAAUGGUCAAGGAUAAAAGAUGGAUUUAUCUAUAUUUAUUGAAGUUUUAGACUAUUAUAAUUGUGAACAUUAAACAAAAUAAAUAAAAGAGCAAAAAAAAAAUACUAUUGUUUGGUACAUAAAAAUAUUUAAAGAAAUGGAAAAGAAAGAAAUAGGUUUAGAAACAUUUACUAGGCAAAUAUAAAAUAAUGAUUAAUUAAAUAGAAAACAAUUCAUAGAUACAAUUUAAUAUUAAUUAAAUUUAAAAGAAGAUUAAACUUUCGAAUAGUUUUUAGAAGAAAUUUCUUUACCAAAUAACGACAUUUCUUUUUCUAAAUUUGAGAUUGGGUACAAAAAAGAAUUAAAAGCAAAUUAAAUCUUAUAAGAUAUGAGAAAUAUGACAAAAUCUAACAGACGAAAUAUUUCAGAUGCUUUUAUUAAUAUAGAUGUUAAUGGUGAUGGUAUUAUUACAAAGAAGGAAUUUUUAGAAAUGAUUCCUAUUAUUAAUAAAUCGAUGCAAAAAGAUGAAAUCGAAUAUAUUUUUGAAAGAAUGGACUUAGAUAAUAAUGGCAAGAUUACUUUAGAUGAAUUUUCAAAUAAUAUUUUGGGAAAAGAUGCUUUAGUUAAUUAAAUUGAAUUUGAAUAAAAAUAAAAGGAGUUUUAUUAAUUAAUAUAAUAAUCUCUUAUUUAAUCCAAUGUUUCUUUUGAUGAAUUAUUUUUAAAUAAUUAGGAAAAGAAAAUUAAUAUUAACGAAUUAGAUUAAAAACUGAGAAAUAUUGGGAUUAGUAGUUAGAUUUAAUAGUAAUAUAUUCCGGUUAUUGAAGAUUUGACUUAUGGGGGGAUUGUUUUUAAUGUGUUGAGGCUUAAGUUGAAAUAUGAUUAAUUUAAGGAUUAGAAUAAGAAGGAAAAAUAGAAUAAUAAUAAUUAUAUGGAGUUUUUGAUAAUUCUUAAGAAAACUAUUUAGAACGAAAAUAAAUAUUUUGAUGAUGUCUUUGAUUUGAGAAGGGGAUAUACUAAAUAGUAAUUGGAUGAUUUAUUGAUUUAAAAAAUAAGACUUUAUGGAAUAAGAUAUUAUUAAUAAUAAUUUGAUUAGUUUUUUGAUUAUUUUAAGGAUUAAUAUAACGGAGAGUUAAAUGUUGAAAAAUUAUAUAAAGCAUUUAAGGAAACAAAAAUUAAUUAGAAUGAAAAUUCGGUAUAUUAAAUAAGAAAAAAUUAUGAUGACGAUGAUAAAGAUUUCAGAAAAGAUAAUAAAAGAAGGGAUGAAGAUGAUUAUUAGCAUAAUAGGAAAAGAAAUUAAUCUGGUAGUAGAGACCUUGGGAAUAGUUAGAAAAGAUUUGAUGAAGAUAAUGAUAGAAGAAGAGAUGAUAUUAAAAGGGGAGAUUAUUAUGAUAAUAAUAGAAGAGGGGAUGAUUAUAAUAAUAAUAGAAGAGGGGAUGAUUAUAAUAAUAAUAGAAGAGGAGACGACUAUAAUAAUAAAAAAAGAGAUGACUAUAGUAAUAAAAGAGGAGAUGACUAUAAUAAUAAAAGAGGAGGUGAUUAUGAUAAUAGAAAAGGAGAUGAUUAUAAUAAUAGAAGAGGAGAUGAUUAUAAUAAUAGAAGAGGAGAUGAUUAUAAUAAUAGAAGAGGAGAUGAUUAUAAUAAUAGAAGAGGAGAUGAUUAUGAUAAUAGAAGAGGAGAUGAUUAUGAUAGAAGAAGAGGAGAUGAUUAUGAUAGAAGAACUUCUUAAAAAGGAAGAGAAUAAGGUAAUGAAAGAUAUGGAGAAAAUAAGAGAAUAGAAGAUUAAAAUGAAAAAUAGGAAAUAAAUGAUUUAUUAGAAAACUUUAUUCAAAAUGAAAAAACAGAUAUAGUAAAAAAAUGCGAACUUAUUAGCUUGUAAGACAAGCUAAAAACUAAUAGAAUAUCUUUAUAAGAUUUAGUUAAGGAAAAUAGACUGGAUAAGUAUAAUGAUGGGUUCAUUGAUGUGAAUGAUUUUUUCGAUAUUUUAGAUGAUAAGAGGAUUAAAUUAAGUAGAAAAGAAGCUGAUUUAAUAGAAUAGUGGAAUAAAAAUAAAUAAGGGAUGAUUAAUUAUAAAGGACUAGAUAAUAUUAUUAGAAGAAGUAGUAGAAAGGGAGGAGAUGAGGACAAUAGGAAAGAUAAUAAAAAGUUAAGAAUUAAGAAAAAAGAAAAAAAAAAAUCAUCUAAAUAAGAAUUAGAAGAUGUUUUAGAAGAUUUCAGAUAGGAUGUUUUGAAUUAUAUUUAAAAAAAAAAUGUUGGAAUUAGAUAUGUUUUUAAAAGAUUUGAUAAAGAUAAUGAUACUUUUAUUUCUUAUACAGAGUUUAUUAAUUGUAUUUAAAAUGAUAAUGUAGUACCUAGUUUAAAAAAAUUACCAGAUGAUUUAGUUGAAAAUUUUUUUGAUUAAUUUGAUGAAGAUAAAGAAAUGAAAAUAAAUUUAGCUUAAUUUACAAAAUAAGUUUAUCCUAAUUUAAAAGAAGUUGAUAUUGCACCUUUAUUAAAUAAAAUAAAAUCUAAUGUCGAAAUAACAUCAGAAGAUGAAAUAAGAAAAUAUUUCAAGAAUAUAGAUACAGAUAAUGAUGGAAAAAUCAGUUAUACUGAAUUUUCUAAAUAUAUGAAAAAACUUACAAAAAAUAAUAUCGAAGAUACAGAAAUCGAAAGACUGUUUUAACAUUUUUUACUCGAGAAAAAUUUAGAUAGUAUUUCUUUGGAACUUUUCAUAGCCGUCAUAUAAGAUGAUCAUAUGAAUUUUAAUAAAAUAAGAUAAAAAAUUAUUGAAUAUAAAGAAAAAAAAGGAAAAUCAAUUAAAACAAUAUAUGAUUAAUAUGCUUAAGGCGGAUCUAUAACAAUAUAAUCUUUAUAGACUUUUUUCAACUUUUUAGGACUAAAUUUCAAUUUUGAUUAAUUAGAUGAAUUAUUUACUUUUAUAGAUAACGAUGGAGAUGGAAAAAUUAGUUAUGAAGAAUUUUAUAAUGUUAUUGAAAAAGCUUUGUUAGAAUAUUCUGAUGUUAAAAUUCCUAAAGACGAAUCCUCAAAGAUUGCAAAAAAUAUUAAAUAUUAUUAAGGUUUAAGCUUCUACUUAACAUUUGGACUUUAUUUAUAAUGA